CAAAAAACAGGAGUACGAAGCAACGUUGAGAUGGCAGCCCAGAUCGCUGAUCGCAGCAACACCGCGAUGAGCUUCAGCAAUGGAGAGAGUGCGCCUGAGCUGUCCAAGCUGGAGGCCACACGCCUGGCGCUGGCGCAGGAGCAGAAGAAACGCAUCGACGCCGCCGUGGCGCGAGUGACCGGCAAGAAGGAAGGCGGCAAGCGGAAGGGUCUGAGCUCGCUUGACACUGGCCACCUCAGCAAGAAGAGCAAGACGGUAGUGGAUGUGGCCAGCGAUCAGGUGGACAAGAAAAACUCGAUCGCACGAAGGAUGGUGGACAGGUUCUCUGCUAUGCCUGAGCCCGAACGCGAGGAGGAGGUUGACCAGCAGAAUAAACCCACGACGCGCUCUGUGUCAACACAGCAGUUUGUAGCUCGCUCCACGACAGUUGCCAGUCCGUUGGACAACGCCCUACGUGAGACGACGGAAAAAAUGGUGGAAGAGGAUGCACCUGCUCAGGCGAAAGAAGAGGAGGAAGAGAAAGAGGAAAAGAACGAUUGGGACGGACCCACCACCAAUUACCACGUAAAGCAGCUCGGUCUGGACGAUAAGGUGGACAUUUACGCGCCUGUAGUACAGCAGCAGCACGACGUACAGCGCGUGCGUGAACGUACAAAGUACAUGCCUAGUACCAGUGGCGAGAGCAUCAACACGCUCAAGGCGACGAGCGAUUCAGAAGCCGAUUCAGAUUUCGCACUGAAGGAUCCAAUUAGUCAGGAGAGCGAGGAAUCCGACGCCGUGUCUCUACCGGAGGUUGACGCGAGUGAGACUCAAGCGCUUGCUGAAGAGGCAGAAGAGUUUGAGAGGCAGACUGCCAUUCAGACGGCUGAGAUCCGUCGGACGUGGACCAAGCGUGUGUUUGUCUACACGCCUCUGUUCAUUGCGGCAAUUAUUGUACUAUUUUUUGCGCUCCUGUUUGCGAUCGACUGGUCGCAGGAGACAUUCCAGUUCUGCGAGAUUGAUGCAGAGAAGGCAGAGAGCUCUGAAGAGAUUUUCUCGUGCUCAUCGUUCGUGGAAACGCAGUCGUUGAUCAAGUCCACCCUUCGGGAGACUGUGGAGAAGGUGCAGGAAACAGUGCAGUCGUACUUCGAGUAAGCUGAAGCGUGGAUGUUCCUGUCUUUUGCCGCCGUGGAGCCAGCCGUCAAGGGAGUCCUGGAGCCGGCGGAC